AUGUCCACCAUGAAGAACCAUUUCAAAGACCCUGAACAUUUAUACUCUCCAUGGAGCUUCUCAAAGCUCAUGACUUUCUUCUCCCUCUUAAUCUCCAUCUCCUACCUCUUCUACUCCCUCAUAUUCGUUAGCCACUCCUAUGGCUGUGAUCAACCACCCCACAUUCCCACCAUCACUCACCAUCUUACAUCCAACCCCCCACCUCAACAAAAGCCUCCACCUUUUGAAGAAACCAACCUUUCCCACAUAGUCUUUGGAAUAGGUGCCUUAGCCAAGCUCUGGAAACAGCGAAAAGAGUACAUCAAGGUGUGGUGGAGGCCUAAUGGGAUGCGUGGAGUUGUGUGGUUGGAGGAGAGGGUGAAGACUGAACUCGGUGAUGAAAAUUCCUUACCUUUGUUGAGGAUCUAUGGCGACACUUCAAGGUUCAAGUAUUAG